GAGAAGCUUGCUAAGACAACUUCCCCAGCCGCACCAGCUCCCGAACAGAAACGAUUGUCAAAACGAAGACACAUCAUCAAAGAACUGAUCGAUACCGAAAACUCUUAUCAUCAGGACUUGAAGAUUAUUGAGGAUAUUUACAAGGCAACGUGCACGCCGGAACUUGUGGCACCAGAAGACAAGAAGAUCCUUUUCGGAAAUUGUGAUGAAAUCGAAAAGUUUGCAAUUUACUUUUAUGAUGAAUUGCGCAAGGCUGCCACACAGGUCUAUGUUCCUCCGAAAUCACAACGAUGGGGCACACGGCGGAAUAGUUUCUCAACUACACAGAGUGACAAUACUACGAAUGCGUUCACAGACGCCGUAGAUGAUGAGAAAGAUCGCACGUCACUCAUUGGAAGCGUGUUCCUGGCGAACAUGGUCACAAUGGAGCAGGUUUACGGCACUUAUCUCAAAAACCAUGAUGCUGCGAACCAGCGUUUGGCCGCUCUGCAGGGCACGCCCACUGUCAAGUGUUGGCUUGAUGAGUGCCACGCCAACGCCAGCGAUAUUACGGCGGCUUGGGACUUGGACUCGUUACUUGUGAAGCCAACUCAACGUGUUGCCAAAUAUCCUAUGCUACUGCAGCAAUUACUCGAGACAACGCCUGCAGACCACCCUGAUCACGAGAAUCUCAAGACGGCCGUCAAGGAUUCGAUCGCUAUGCUCACACGCAUCAACGAUGCAAAGAAACGAGCCGACCUUGUGGAUUCGAUUGUGAACGGGCGAAGACGCAAGGAAUCGGACCUGCGUGGCGGUCUGGUCAAAGCCUUCGGACGUCGUACGGACAGACUCAAGGAACGUGUGGGUCUUCAAGAAGCUUUCCAGGAUCCUGAUUUCGACGAUCUCGCGCACAAAUUCGGCGGUCACUUUAUUCGUCUGCAGAUCUGCAUGCGUGACGUCCAAGAUUACAUGAAUCGCACCGACAAGGCUGUAGAGAUCAUCAACAACUACGCUAGUGCACUUGAGCUUUUCACCGAUGUCGCGCCAAGCAGUCUGCCGGAGAUUGAGAGCAAAUGGCGCCGCUAUGGUCAGACCAUUCGUGAUCUCAAUCUCGUCGCUUUCACGGAACACAAGACUGCUGUGCAGAAACGUGUGCUUACCCCCAUGAUCGCAUGCAUCAAACUUCACGAGGGCCCUCAAAAUGCCAUUGCUAAGCGCAAGAAGCGCAUUGUUGAUUACGCCAAAUGCAAAGGUGACGAGAAACGUGGCAUCAAGCCUGACAAGAAGACAUUGGAAGCUGCGGAAAUCUAUGUGGCAUUGAACGACCAGCUCAAGAUCGAGCUACCCAAGCUCUACAGCCUCACUGCAAGUCUUGUACAAAGAUGUCUGCACUGUUUCUUGGACAUUCAAUUGCAAUGGAACAGCACUUGGGAGCGCAAGCUUCGUCCUCUGCUUGAGGCCAGCGAUAUUCCCGUUGAUGUGUCGCAGAUCGAGCAUGCAUUCAAAGCCGAUUAUGGAGAAAUUGAAAGGAAGUGCAUGGAGCUUUCAGUUUGCAAUGGCAACCUC